UCCAAAAUUAUAUCUAUUCGUAUAUUAGGUAUAUAAUAUAAUUCAAAAUUAUAUGGCCAACAAUAUUCAAUCUAUGGCAAGUUGUUGGUUCCAUACCUAUCAUUCCUUUUCAGUUUUAUUUUCAAGCAAAGUGAUAAGUGGUGGUUACCUACCUAUUUCCCUACUUUUUUCAUUAACUAGCCAACUUUGAACAAAAUCAAGGAAUAAAAUAUAAAUACGUUUAAUUUGUACCUAUUAAGUACCUAAUAUAUUAUCUUUUAAAUGUAUAAAAUGAUUUUAAAUAAAAACAAACAAAUAAACAUUCAUCGGUAUAAUUAAGUUCAUACCUACUUUAUUUAGUUGAUGUAUUUAUAACAAAGUAUUUAGUUAAGCAAAUUGGAAGUCAAACAAUAUUGUACUGCUAUUCAAUAUGAAUAACAAAGCAAGUGACAAUAAACAAAACAAUAAAUUAUGGAAUUAAUUAUUAGAAUAAAAAAUAGUCAUUGUUUAUAAUAUUCCCAAUCAGUAUUUAUGUACACAAUUGCGAGCGAUUGUCAAAUUUAUUAUUCAAAUACCAUAAAGGCAGGUACCUACCUACCUAAUAUAUCACUAAUAACGACCUGCCUUUUUAUUAUUUGAAUAAUAAUUUCACAAUCGCUCGCAGUUGUGUACAUAAAUACACAUUGAGGAUUAUAAAUAAUUACUAUUUGUUAUUCUAAUAAUUAAUGUCAUUAAUUUAUCGUUUUCUUUAUUGUCACAGUAGGUAACCUAUAUCACUAAUAACGAAUUUCAAUGACCAUAUAAAACUUGUCUGUUUGAUGUAUUUCAUAUCACAAUAUUAUUGUAUUUUACAUUUUUUAUAAUAUAAUGAAAAGUUUAGUGGUUAAUAUUUGUAUUGUUUUAUUAAAUCUAAGCAUUUUGGUCAAUCUAACUACAGCAGAUGAACUUGGUGAAUCAUUGUGCUUAUGAUCCCCAUGGUGAUAAAUUUUACAAAGAUAGAGUGAAGUUAAAAAGACCUGAAUGCACAGCUUUAGUUCAUGAUGGAAUAACAUGUAAAGACGAUGGACCUGCUAAUUAUCCAACCUAUAUUCCAACGGACUUCGAUAGAAAAUUACAAAACAGCCGUAUUCGUUACUAAAUUAUACCGCUUGGGAAGUUGGUUGGCAAAUAAUACUAUAUUUAGUGUCUUUGAUGAUGACUACCGUAGCAAACACGAAAAUAAUAUACACGGAGGAAAACGUGUACGGGUCAAACAUGUCGGAGCACCAAAUAACCCAUUCGACUUAGCUCGAAAAAUUUAUCAAAAACAAACUGUAAAGAGUGAUCUCACAUCUACGUCAAUGACUGUAGAGACUGAUCUGAAUUCUGGUAAAGAUGAAUGCCUUAUUUGUCCUAAUUCUACAUGUGAUACAAAAACUCAGAGUUCUCCAUUGUUAAAUCUGUCAGAAUCGAGUACAUCUGAGUCAAUGACUGUAGAGACUGAUCUGAAGUCUGGUAAAGACGAAUGUAUUAUUUGUCCUGAUAGUGCCUUUCAUACAAAAACUAUUACAUCUGGAUCAGAAAAAAAAAUUGAAAAGGGAUUACAAAAUGCCAUUCCAUUUGAUUUAUCAUUGACAAAAAAUUAUCCUCCUGCUCAACCAGAACUUACAUCAUUUCCAUUAACAAAUAAAAGACAUUUUUCUUCAUCUUGACAUUUUACUGCUCACAUGAUUUCACCUGGAGAAGUUAAAGGUAACAUUCCAUUCAUAGAUUAUGGCUUAAAAUGCUGGAAAGAACCAAGAAAAAAAUUCAAUA